CGAGCGCGUUCCCACAGCCCGGACAUUGUGCCGCGCGGCCCACCUGCUACUCGGGGAGCGCCCAUUGUGCCCGCGCCGAUUCACAGGCAAUUCAGCGUGCGCUAAUGGGCCGGCUCCUUUGUGCGGCCCGCGCGCCAUUGGCCGCCGAGUGUGGGAACGGCCGCGGCGCCCGGGCCCCAGGCGCCAGGCCGCUGCCCGCGCCUAUAUAGGGCGCCAGCGCGCGGGGCCUGUGUCCGCGCCAGCCCGGGACGCGCCUGCCCGCCUCGCCGCCGCCCCCGCGCCAGGCAUGGCCCCCAGCACCGUGGCCGUGGAGCUGCUCAGCCCCAAAGAGAAGAACCGACUGCGGAAGCCGGUGGUGGAGAAGAUGCGACGGGACCGCAUCAACAGCAGCAUCGAGCAGCUGAAGCUGCUGCUGGAGCAGGAGUUCGCCCGACACCAGCCCAACUCCAAGCUGGAGAAGGCCGACAUCCUGGAGAUGGCCGUCAGCUACCUAAAGCAUAGCAAAGCCUUCGCCGCCGCCGCCGCCGGCCCCAAGAGCCUUCACCAGGACUACAGCGAAGGCUACUCGUGGUGCCUGCAGGAGGCCGUGCAGUUCCUGACCCUGCACGCAGCCAGUGACACGCAGAUGAAGCUGCUCUACCACUUCCAGCGGCCGCCGACCGCGCCCGCCACAGAGCCCAAAGCGCCCAGCGCCGCGCCCGCACCUGCGCCCGCCCCAGCCAAGGCCGCCGCACGCCAGCCUGCCUGCGGCCUCUGGCGGCCCUGGUGACCGGCGAGGACCAGAGGGCCAGCCCGUUCCUCUCGCGUGUAGGGAAGAGCCUUCCCACCAGCGUCGGGCCCCAGGCGUGGACGCCCCUUCUCCGGAAGGCUCGCUCCCUAGGCUGGCCGGCCAGCAGGGGAGUCAUUCUCAGAGAAUGUGUGUGCAGAGUCCUUGUCGUUUUAGGACAAUCAGGGCCGGUCUUCUGCCAAGUGUCUGACCCCAAGGGGUUGUUUUGUGUUUGUAUUUCAGCAAGCGACUUCUGGGAAGUCCCCGGCCACCGGGGUUCUAUGAUAUCUGUAGGUGGCAGGGGCUCCGUGAGCGGGCCCCCAGCCUGUAGAGGACUUUCUUCAGGGCCAGUUGCUGCUGGGCCAGCACCCCGCAGGCGGCCGUGCCAUGGGCACAUUUGCCUUUUGUGAAGGCUGAACUCAGGGUGUAUCCUCAUAGGAAAGGUUGUCAGCCUGGACAGCACCAAGGGCCACAUGGAGCCCUGGCCCACAGGCCCUGCGUGUGCUUGGUGGGCUGGUGGGGCUCACAGUGGGCUCUGUUGUGGGGGCGGUCUGCACUAUGAUCCUUAAAGGAUUCCUCUGUGUGGGUGGGUGCACGUGGGCAUGACUCGUACUCAGAAUUUGAACUCUUGGUCACGUAGGUGCCAUGGGGCUGCUCUGAAGACUUCAAAUAAAA